AUGGCGGAUGCUGCGGGUCGUCUGAAACGGAUUCGGACGGUCCGUAAGAUGGUUCGGGAGCGGCAGACCGAAGUUUUUGAGCGUGGUAUGCAGGAGGUUGACAGGGAGGAUAGCGUCCUGGCGGACGACGAAGUCCUACCUGCCUUGGAUGCUUACGAGAGGUUCGUCGUUAGUAACCUCCAGGCAGUGGGUCUCGGGAAUGAUCCUCCUUGGUCCCUUUUUGGUUUUGGUGACGAGUUUGUGGGUUUGGGUCCUCUGGUAGAUAGCGCGGGUGCGGGGAGUGUUAGAGGUUCCUCGGCUACUCAGGGCUAG